GGGCGGGAUUUCCGGUCUUCCCUGCAGCAGAGCGGUGAAGCGGCUCCUGCCGUGCUGAUUUUGAAAGGCUUUUGUGCUGUUUGCGUUUUCUCUUAAUGGUUACAGUUGGUGCUGUCUCCGCUUUCCUUUUACCUGGCGGGGGUCUUGGUCAAAACACUCCCUGCGACCUUCCUCCUCUAGGGUUGUGAUUUUUUUCUCUCAUCAAGAAAUAUCACUUGGUAAUUUGUCAAACUCAAGAAACCCCUGGAAAAGCAGUGGUGGGAAGGCGCGGAGGCUGCGGCUCCCAGAGCAUUUUGGCAAAUCAAAGCCAGGGACGGUUGCUGGGCCUCAUUUCCGCAACUUUUCGGCUCCGAACUGCUUCUUUGACUUAGAAGGACAUCUUAUUCUGCCGUAGUAAUGGCAGCUGAACUGCGAAUGGUACUUUAUGAAGAUGAUUCAGUACAAGUACAAUAUGUUGAUGGUUCCACGUUGCAGCUUUCUCCCUGUGGCUCUGAAUUUUUAUUUGAAAAGUCACCUCCUGUUUCAGCACAUCCUUUAGAACAACCAGAAAGAAUUCGUCAGAGGACACAUUUUGUCAUUAGCACUUACAGAGAGCAACUACAGCGAGCCCUAGAUUUUCGAAACUCUUCAGCUACUUGCCCUUUUUUAUCUGAAACCAUCAUACCUUCUGAAAGAAAAAAGUAUAUCUUCAUUGACAUCACAGAAGUGAGAUGGCCCAGUCUUGAUACAGAUAGUACCAUGAUAUGUAUGGAGAGUGGCAUUGUGAAGAUAACAUCUUUAGAUGGUCAUGCAUACCUCUGCCUGUCCAGAUCUCAGCAUGAAUUUACAGUACAUUUUUUGUGUAAAGUUAGCCAGAAGUCAGACUCAUUUGCAGCGUUGUCAGAAACAAAUAAUAAAGCCCCAAAAGAUAAACUAGUUGAAAAAGCUGGCAAAAUCUGUAUACAUGGAAAUUUAUCAGGACAGAGACUGAAGAAUAAAGAAAAUGAGCUUCAUUGCCAGAUCAUGAAAUCCAAAGAAACUUUAAAGAAGAUGAGUUGUGUAAAUGGAACUGAAGGGAGGGAAGAGCUGCCUUUGCCUGGUACGAAGCACACAUGUGUAUACACAUGGGUCAAGCAGUGCUGGUCUGUGGCUGCCUGUCCAGAGGAAUGGAAAUAUCCUUUGUCUUUAGCACUUCAUUUUCAUAAUAAAAUCAACAGUAUGUCUCAAAUUGAUGCACAUAUAACUCAGAGUAGAUGUUUAACUUCUGAUAUUUCAGAGGAAAGAGGAAAAGUGGUUUCCGUUCUUCCCAGGGCCCUGCCACUCAGCUGUCCAGUUCCACACCUGCACAGGUGGAAUUUUUGGGAUUCACUUUUACAUAGACAAUCCGAUGAAUAUUCUUAUCCUGAACAAGUAAAAAUGGUUUGGUACAAAGGUGUUACAUAUAGACUUACCCAUCAAAAUAUGAACUCAAUAGAGAUUUAUCCUGGAGAUGGAUCUGUUUUCAAAUCAGAAGGGGCUUAUUUUGGGAAAUAUUUUACAUAUUAUUCCAUUCAAGAAGGAUCAGAAGAGAGACAAGAACUUGGUGCUUUGGGACCACAUAAGAAAGGGCACCUGACCCAGCGUUCGAGGCUCCAGAAACAACUCCUGAAGGAAGACUUGGCUAAGCUAGGAUCUAUAAUUCCAAAGGAGGAGUUGUACAAAAGACAUAUGGAGAGAGAAGAGAAAACUUACUCAGUAAAUAACCUUCCUCCAGAUAGACCAGGAAGUCCGUUCUCUGUUGGUUCUCUAAUUAAACAGGCAACAAGAAUUCUUCAACAUUGUGUGAAGAUGAGACUUUCUUUAAGCCAUAACUAUUAUAUAUGCUGCUGGAAAAUGGUACCUGGGAUAAAUGAUAGCAAUAUACUGCCUUUGGUUUUGAAAGAGUCACUCAUACCCAGCGUGGGAAGAUUUCUUGCCUACUCUGAUGACAAAGUACAUGCUAUCUUUUUAGAUGGCAUUACUCUAACCCUAAAUUGGAAUUUCAGCUCUCCUGUUGAGAAGAGACAGGUAAAUCAAGGUCUUAACUUGGGUUGGUGUAAGUUAACUUUUCCUGAUGGACAAGAUCAGUUAAUUCAAAUUGAACACCCUGAACCAUAUGAAAGAUAUGUGACAACAGUAACAUCAUGGUGCAGGAGACUGACCCAGACUAGUCCCAGAGAGAUGCCCACUCAUUCGUCAUCUUCUGUUCUCCAAGAAAAUUGGUCUGUUGCUUCUGAACUUGAAAAGAUACAGAAGUUUAACUUCCUACUAGAGAAUAGUGGUAUCCUAAACCAGAUUUCUAACAAGAAAAAUGAACCGUCUUCUGAUCAUUAUAAACCAGGAUCUUCAGAAACCUUGCUAGGAGAAGUUAAUGAAAACAGAGUAUCAAUAGCAUUGAAAAAAACCUCUGAAAUCCUUCAUGAUAUUGACUGUCUUCUAUCAAACUCUAAAAAGUGAAAAAUGGAAUUAUUACAACAUAUUAUUAAAAGUUUUAAGCAUGUUGUUUCAAGUGACUGGUAUAAAAUUACUAGUAAGCCAAGAUACUAUAUGUAUUACCCCUACACAAUGAUUGUGAAAGAACUGACAUUUAACUUUGAAGGUAUUUUUAUUUAACUUGUACAUUUUUAAAAUAUGUAUUUGUAUUUUAUUAAUAAAUUUUAUCUUGAAGUUUUGAACUGUUU